AUGCAAUAUAAAUCAUAUAUUGAUCCUUAUCUAAAUAAGCAAAUCAACAACCAAAAACCUUAUCUGAAUAGAAUUUCUAGUUUUCAUAACCCCAUUCAGAAUUGUAUCUAAUAUUUAACAUUACUCUUAGCAAUUUUAUGUAAGAGCAUCUCUGAAUAGAAACUCAAGCUCUCCAAUGAUCAAGAGAGCCAGACCAAAUUAAACAAUAUUGGACAAUCCCAAUGGGAGAAGUAUCUCCAUCAUGCCUAAACUUUAGAAUUGGAUCCAAAUUGCCCAAAAGAGUCUAACUUCAAUAUAGAGAAAUCAUCAAGCCUAAAUAAUUUGAAAUCAACCUCUCCCAACCUCGAAUUCAUAGUCCAAAUGCCAAUUAACGAUUCAAUCGAUCUUUCUAUAUGGGUCUCCAAGAGAUCAAUUCAUCAUCACAAAAAAGACCUCUCUUGAAUCUCACUAGUACUGUUAUCAUGGUACUUCCAAUUCAUUUUAACUAAGAUUUAGGAUAGCACAUAAGCCACUUCAGAACUCUAAACAUAGAAAAUCUAAUAGAAGUUCAGAUAUAAUUUUAUAUUCCAUUAUAUAAUUGGAUUUGGAGGAUUUGGGAAUGUUUGGAAGGUGGAAUCCAAAAAAACUAGAAUGAUUUAUGCAAUGAAAGAGCUCAAAAAAGCAAAGUAUUCUUCUUAACCUAUUGAGAAUUUUAGCCAAAAAAUCUGUCAAAUCAGUUAUGAAUGAAAAACAACUGUUAUAAAAACUAAAAAAUCCAUUUAUUAUCAAUAUGGUAGGAUCCUUCUAAGACAGAGAUCACUUAUGUCUAAUUCUCGAUUAUCUAUCGGGAGGUGAUCUUAGAUAUCAUUUAUUGCUCAAUAAAACAUUUAGAGAAGAAUAAAUUAGUAUUUAGAUAUAAAUAUUAUAGAAUUUUUUGUGGCUUGCAUGAUUCUUGGAUUAGAAUACAUAAACUCCUAUUAAGUUAUUCAUAGAGAUCUCAAACCAGAAAAUUUAGUAUUGGAUUGUAAAGGAUAUUUGAAAAUAACAGAUUUUGGAAUAGCUAGAUAUUAUAAAAGUGAAAAUAGUAAUGAAACUAGUGGUACUCCUGGAUAUAUGGCACCUGAAAUAAUUCUAAAAUAAAAUUACAAUUAUUGUGUUGACUAUUAUGCAAUAGGUGUAAUAUGUUAUGAAAUGAUCACUGGGAAAAGACCUUAUCUUGGUAAAACUAAAAAAGAAAUACGUGAUGAAAUGCUGGGCAAAUAAGCUUAAUUAAAUGUCAAAGAGUACUUGUAGUAUUCAUUCAAUCUAAUUGAAUUUACAAAUAAAUUGUUAGUGAGAAAAUAAUAAAAUCGAUUGGGUUAUUAAAAUGGGAUCAAAGAACUUAAAAAUCACAAAUUAUUCCACUCAUUUUAAUGGGAAAAAUUGAUAAACAAGACAAUGAUUGCUCCAUAUCAACCUAAAUAAGAAGAUAGGAAUAGACCAUAUCAAUAGACGAAUGAUUCCCAGCAAACAAUAUUUAACGAAUAACUGAAAUAACUUAAAUUUAAAGAAAUCCAAAUGCUUUUUGAUGGAUACACAUAUUAAACUGAAGACAAGAUUAUUUGA